CCGGGGGGGGCGCGCGCGCGGUCACGUGACGCGACCCAAACAGCCCGGAUGGGAGGCCCGCGCGUGCGCAGGGGCGGCGGCGGCGAUUUCCCGCACCCACGCAGGUGUGCGCCCGGGCUGCCACCCCGGCGCCGGCGUUUGUUGAGUCUCCGCAGCCUGCGGUCUUCUCCCGGUGUCGUCAGGGCGGCUGGGGAAUCUGCGGGCGACCCGUAUCUCCCGUGCGACCCCGCCCGGUGGAAGUGGGGGCCUCCAGGCGCCCAGGAUCCUGGCUAGGAUCUGCUCCGGCUCUGGAAGGGCGGCGGCAUUGCCAUUACUCAAUCCUCGUCGCCUCCAGUCCCCUCCCCUCAGCGGAUAAACAAAACACCAGCGCGUGACUUUAAUGCCUUAAGAGCAGCCCGCCACACCAAUUUAGAAAAAAGUUGCUUCUUCCUGCUCCGAGCGUCGGCGCUCUUUCUUCCCCAAAUCUUUCGGCGGCAAAUUGGGUGGAAGGCGUGUUUGAAAAUAAAACCUCAUUUACGUGCUGUUUACUUUUGGGGAGACUUGUUGACAUCGUCCUUUGAGGCUUCGUAUCUUUUGAGAUCAUUUAAUUUGCUGGAGUAACCCUACAAAAUACAGUAUGCAUUCGGGCUUUACAAUUUCAAACUCGUAAGGGGCAUAAAGGUUCAACAGAUUCCCUUCCACCUUAUCCACAGUUCUCCCACGGGUAAGUUGCUUGUUCAUCUUUCCUGUGCAUUGCUGAGUGCGUGCAUCUUCCCUACUAAAUCCCGGGAACAACUCCUUGUGUUACCCCUUGUGUUAGUCUCGCUAAUAUCGGGCACCACUACCACGACGUUUGGCCAGCUCGUUCACCCAUGGUGCGUCCCGGUCCCCUGGGGAACCGUAAAUCCAAAAACCAGACCCUGGUGCUUGAGGCUCCCGAGACCCGGAGCUCUCGGCGGGAGGCUGGGCCGGGCGGUCGGCAUUUCCUGCCCGGCGGGCUGACUCGUCGGCGACACGCCCGCCGCUUGUAAACGCCAGGCGGACGCAGCACGGGCUGAGAACGCUUCUGGCCCUCGGACCUCUUCCUACUCCGCCUGGGGGGCGGCUGACGGCGGCGCGAUGGACCUGGCUGGGCUCCUACUGGACGAAGAAGGCACCUUUUCCCUCACCGGUUUCCAGGACUUCACGUUCCUUCCAGGACACCAAAAACUGAGUGCUCGAAUCCGAAGGAGACUCUAUUAUGGCUGGGACUGGGAGACAGAUUGCAGCCUGGAGGAGCUCUCCAGCCCUGUGGCAGACAUUACUGUGGAACUUCUUCAGAAAGCAGCACCUAGUCCUAUUCGCCGACUCCAGAAGAAAUAUGUAGCUCAUGUGUCCCGGGAGGCUUGUAUCUCCCCUUGUGCUAUGAUGUUAGCUCUGGUGUACAUUGAGCGGCUCCGGCACCGAAACCCAGACUACCUGCAGCACGUGUCCUCUUCUGACUUGUUUCUGAUCUCCAUGAUGGUGGCCAGUAAAUACCUUUACGAUGAAGGGGAGGAAGAGGAGGUCUUCAAUGACGAAUGGGGAGCUGCCGGGGGAAUGGCUGUGCCUACUCUCAAUGCCUUGGAAAGGGGCUUCCUGAGUGCCAUGGAUUGGCGUCUCUACACUGAUCCUCGGGAGAUCUUUGAGGUGAUGAAUUGGCUGGAGAGCUGCGUGGCUGAGCAGCAAGGGCGUCGGCGUGGCUGGUACACCUACACAGACCUGUGUGUGCUGCUGGAACAGCCGGCAUGGCAGCUAUCUCUGGGCUCCCUCUGCCAGCGGCUGGUAAAGCUGUCCUGCCUGUUAGCCGUGGCAUAUGUGAGCAGUGUGGCCCUAGCUGUGGCGUCGGUGGCUGUAAUACACCAGUCCUUGGGGCUGUCCUGCAGCCCCUCCCCAGGUCCUCCUGACCUCAGACUGGUUUCCAAAGGCCUCUCGCAGCCCUGCAUACCUUCCCCCAUGCCACAGUGCCUGACUAAUGUCUCCAGCUGCCCGGAAGGCAAUGUAGAGUUGCCGUCACUCUGGGGCACUCUUCUGGCCUCACUGACACCCCCUCCAGUACCUCCCCCAGACCCCCCUGCCCCACCUACGCUUCUCCACAAAUGCCCCUUUUGCCAGAAGUUCCAGAGAAAUCCCCCAAACUGCCGUGCCUGCCUCCAGCCUAACCGUACGGUGUCUAUUGGUCCUUCACGCCCCUUUUACCAUACCCAUGGCCUGGCCCCACCCUGGCUCUUGAGCCCGGUAUCCCCUCCAUUCCUCCAACCCCAGCAGUGUUCUCUUUUUAGUGUCAUGGAGCUGGCCCGUCUCAAGUCUUUCAUUUUCCCAGGCUAGGUAGCGUUCUGAGGAAUUCAUUAAGAGGUUUUGGGAGUCCCUAAGAACCUGGAAGAGGAAAACUUGAUUUAGAUUUUUGCUACCUCUCUGGGUCCUUGGCUAGUCUCCUGUCCUCCUGAGUAGGAACAUGGGAUUAUGGGGCAGAGCAAGGUCAUUCGCCCUCCUAGACCUCAGAGGCUGGCUAGUGGGUUAGGACAUUGAUAGUGCCUGGUACAGUUUCAGCUCAGUGACCAGUGGCAUGUCACAGAUGACAGGGAAGUACCUAUCUUUCUGUCUUCUCAAGCCUGGGGGGUGGGGUAGACUUUUGCUUUUGUUCUUCCAAAGAUGGAAAGGUAGAGGUGGGAGGUGUGGGAAGUGGAUGAGGGGGGAAAUGAACAUUCUUGUAGUUCUGUAUUUGUGAUGUCCCUGAGGCAAGAAAACCAGGGACGGAUGGUACCAAGGUGGGAGCUGCUGAGGGAAGGCUUCCGGAGGCAGGAAGCUUGCCACGCCCAUCCCUUGGAUGUAGUUGUCACAGCCAAGGAUUACGGGGCCCUUCAACCUUGUCCUUUUGUCUUCCAACCUUAGCAUCCUGCUCCAAGGCUUCCCACUUGACCGGUUCUUUUCUAGGUGUUCUUCCGGGCCUCUCUGGGCACCACUGCUUUGUAUCUGAGUUUUUCACGCUUUUGUAGAACUGAGGUUUCAAUAAACAGUUUCUGUCGCA